GGGUCCGGCUCGUUCUCGCGCGCUGUCUCGCCAGACGUGUACAGACUCUCGUGCGGGAAAGAGGACGUCCCGUGUCAGUCAGGCCACUCAGUCGGGCACUGUGUCCCUAGUGCCUAUAGUGCCUACUAUCGUUGGGAAGGCUGGGAACGACAGACGCGCGAGGUACGACAAACGCGAAUUCGUAGCGAAAUCGGCUCCCAGUGUUCCCCGACAGUGUGUCCUUCUUGCGGGUUGCUGUAAGUGUGUGCAUCACGAGCAUAUCGGCAAUAACGAGCGAUUGUGUGGUGCGAGCGCAAAGAGCGCGCUAAAAAGUGGCAAAGAAAAAUUGCGCUAAGUCGUGCAAUGAGGUGUGAACAAUAAUAAACGACGAUCCACGAGUCGACACAGAGGUGGGGGGCAAAUUGCUCCUGUAUUUACACACUACACGACGCCACACAACGGAGCGUAGGCGAAUUGGGGCGAAGCCGCAACAGCCAGUGGCAAAUCUUUUAAAUUCCUGCCGUGAAAGUGUGCGCGUCGAUGAAUGCGUAUAAGUGAAUGUGUUUGUGUGAGUGUGUUUGUGUGUGUGUGUGUCGUGAUGUGCGGUAAAAGCGUGCUGUAAUGUGCUACCGGUGCGUAUCCGUGCACCUCUUUCCCUAAAACCAUCGCAAAUUGCUCUGUCAGCCGAAAGUAGUGAGCGCGCGCGCGCGCAAGUGUGUUGGUAAGUGGUGGUGAAAAUAUAUAAAAAAAUCAUCCUCUUCCCCCUCCUUGUCCGAGAACCAGCACGACCCCCCUCCUCAACCAAAUGGAGCAAAAACGUCAGCAGCCGGCGGCCACAUAGCACCCCCAGUGCGGGCGUGUUGAAAAGUGAGGGAAGCAGAAAAUUAAAUCAAAUUCUUAAGAAAUAUAAUAAUAAUCACCGGCGCGUCAUCGUGUGUGCGACACACACAGAGAGGGAGUGUGCGUGUGUUAAUGUGUACAAGUGUGUUGUCGUGGUGAGCAAUACCGAAUAGCGAAAGUGAAAUACGCCUGCGAAGGGUCCAGGGGCCUCUGUUUGUAUUCACGCGCUGGCAUCCCGUCGCCCCGGCCAGCGUCACAACAAAUUCGAGCGAAAAUUAGUUAAAGUGAAGAAAUGAAAUUUUGCCAUCAAUCAAGAAGCCAUCACCUCGUAUCACGAACGUACGCGCCAGGCCUGGAGUGCGCUAGCGGCUAGGUCAGGCCCCGGGCCCGCCGUUCAGGCUGGUUGCUGUUGUCUGCGGAAGUAAGGCGCAAAGUACAGGUGCGCGCGCGCGCCCACACGGCCACGGACUACAUUUGGUGAAAAGCAACGGUCGGCGCGCCGCACUUUCGAGGAACCUUUUUACCUAGUUUUUGGCCCGGAAAAGACGAGGACGACGACGUCCAAACGGCAAAAGUGCCGCGGCCGUGUGCGGUUUGUGUUUCCCAAGAGAAACCACUCAUCGCAGGGUUUUGGCGCGGUAUAAAACAAGGAGAGCUGGCAAGGAACAGCAAACAAGAACCGCUCACCCUCAAGCCGCAAGAACCAAUUCCCCGUCGAACAACAUUCUCCUGGGCUCUCGAUACCACUCGGUUUUUCGGUAAAUAAUUACAUUUACUCGUUAAAGUAGCGAGAGUUCACCUGAAUUGCCUACACUAGGGGACGACGACAUUGUUUGCCGUACGCAGGGCCGGAAGUGUAGGCUGGCAGCGAGAUUAGAACGGACAUCGUUGCAACACAUUCGGCGCCCUCCCCUCGGUUCCUGCUAUUGUGUGAGCAAAUUGGCAGGAUUCGCCUUUUUUAUUGAAUCACUACUACUAGCCUCAUCUCUGGGGAGAGUGCGUGUGCUCAUUUCGUGCCCUUAAAAGUAGCAACGGGCGAGGGACAACGGGAGCAACCCGGAGCAGGCAGGCACCAAUAGGAACACAUUUUUAAUGCAAGGAAGGAAGCGUUUAGCAACAGUGGAAAUUGAGCAAUUUCGACCGAAUUCGUUUGCGCCCGAACGUGGCGGCGAGCAGUGGCCGGCGCACGCACGAAACGGUGGGUCGAGACCGGGGCAACACAGCAACGAUGAGUGUCCAGCGCUGGCUGAGCAUUUUCCUGUUCGGUGCCAACGUGUUAGCAGGUCUCCUAGUGACGGGCUGCCUUGCGAGCGAGGCUGCCGUUGGUUCUAGCGGCUCCACCACCGCACUCCUGCUGCAUCACAAGCUGCCGGUACCGAUUGCGGUGCCAACCGUGGAAACGUUACCCCGAGCCCCGAGCAGGUACGAUGGGGAGCCAACGGGCGCCGACAGUAACGCGUUCGUGGCGGCCGACAUCAUCAACCUCGACCGGGACGGUGCGGUCAGCUUUAUACCGCGCCGGGACGUGCGGUACCAGCGGGCGGUACCGCCCGAGUAUGCCGGCGCGUCCGCCCUGCCCCACUGCGAAACGUUCACGAUGGGCGAUCCGGACACGAAAACGCUGUACAAUCCGGGCUGGCCGGGCAACUACCCGAACAACAGUGACUGCGUGGUGGUGCUGGAGGCACCGGUCGGUUUUCUCGUGCGGCUCGACUUCCGGGACCACUUUCACGUCGAACCGUCGGAAGAGUGCAAGUACGACUUUCUCGAGAUCCGUGACGGUGCGCACGGCUUCUCGACGCUGAUCGGGAAGUACUGCGGUCAAACCUACCCGCCCAUGAUCACCUCGAAGGAGCGCUUCCUGUGGUUGCACUUCCACUCCGACGAAAACAUCGAGUACAACGGGUUCGUCGUCGUGUACGAUUACGUGCCGCGGCCUACUUCGUCCAUCUACGACGACGAAAGCUGCCGGAUGGAAGUUUCCGGCAUGGAGGGGUUCGUCAACCGUACCGAUGUGCCGCGCGAAAAGCAACAAACCGUGAUCGAGCAUGGGCUGUCGCUGGACUGCAUGUGGGUCGUCACGGUGGCGGACGGGUGGAAGAUUCAACUAUCCUUCCUCAAGUUCAAGCUGGAGCGACCGAACGAUUGUGAAAGCAACUUUGUGGACGUGUUCACCGAACGGACGGACCUACCAUCGAGACUGAAAAACUUUUGCGGCUCCAUUGCCGACUCGGUCGUAUCGCGCUCGAACGUCCUGCACAUCCGCUUCUUCGCGGAAGCGGCCGCCAUUAAUUCCACCUUCUCCAUCCUCUUCACUGCAUUUAGGGAGAAGGCGGCCGGUGAAACCUGUGACGAUACGGAGUACGAUUGCGAGGACGCGACCUGUAUAUCCGGCGAGCUGCGCUGCAACGGCCGCAUCAACUGCCGGUUCCGGUGGGACGAGGACGAGUGUCAGAAACAAGCGGCCGCCCAAUCGGAGCACGUCAUCAUCAUCGUGAUUGUGUUCGGGCUCAUCCUCGGCGGCAUGAUACUGCUGUUCCUGUUCAACUGCAGCAGGAAGAUUAUCCGCGACCACAAGAUCAUCCGCGAGCACAUCCGGCAGUCGCGGGAAAGCAAGCUCAACGAGCUCGGGCGCCAUUCGACGAAGAAGCUUGUUGAUCUGGACAUUACCAAGCUGCCGCCGCCCGCGUUCGACAAGGAGCCGCUGAACGUGCUGGAGGGUGGUGGCGGUGCGACGAACGCGUCCAAUGGGCAGUACUAUCGCGAGCUGGGCAUUGGGAGCGUUGGUGGAGGAAGUGCAGGAAGUGGUGGUGGUGGUGGUGGUGGAACGGGACCGCACAUGUUUAGCAGCCGGAUAGACAUCAAGGCGGACCCGCAGCAGGCGGACGUGCUGCGGGGCAGCUACCAGGAGGAUCCACUGUCCCGGUCCGGGACGCUCGGGCGGGACGGCGGCAUGUGUGAUAUGGCGUGCCAGACGCGGGAAUCGCUCUUCCAGCCGGUGUUUAAAAGCAAGCUCAACCAAUCACCGAACCAGCUGCAAAACAGCAUACGCUUCUCCACGUUCGGCUACGAAAGUCAGCAGCAACAGCAGCAGCAGCAGCAGCAACAGGAGCAGCUUCCUGCCGUCACACCGCCACCACCGCGGGUGAAACACCAUCAUCACCAUCAUCAUCACCAUCACGGCGGGACGCUCGACGGUACGAAAAGCGCCAAGGUGAACCGGAUCGAGCUGGAGGACCUAUCGCCCCCUGGGUCGGGCGGCGGGUACGAUGACCGUGGCGACGAGACGGCACUGCACCAACAGCUGGGCCAACAGCAUGGCCACUCGCACGGUCACGCCCACCACACCCACCAGCAUCCGCACGCGCACCAAAAGAUGGCGCACGACCGCACCAACCUGACUGAAACUGGCGGCGGUCCUGGACGAGGUGGUGGCGGCAGUGGUGGGGCUGGUUCGUACGGGGCCGACAUUCGGAAGUCGGCACCGGACGUCAUCAUCAUGACCUCCUCCCAUUGACCCGACGGGGACGGUUAGCUAAAUUGGAUUAGAAUUGGUGUGGUGGUGGCGCGCGAUGGCCGCGUUCAUUUUUGUGUUUUCGAGAAGUUCUGGUUCCAGAAUUUGGAAUCAAGUGCGCAUCUUGUCUUGUACUGAAAGCGUCUUACGGAAAGGCAUCUUUGUGCUUUAUGCCACGAGGUGUGCUCUUCUUGGUUGUUUGAUUUUGAGGUCAUCGGGACGGGAUGUACCCGACUUUGUUGUAGCGGGAUUUGCACUGGCGGGUUUAGGGUGUCGGGGGUCCUAAGCGAUAAGAAGGGUGUCAUAUGGUCUCCUAUACAUCCACGAAGUCUCUCACGUGACCCAACAACGUCAAGGUCUGCCAGCCUGCCUGUACCACUUGUGGGGUUAAGCAGAAUAGUCAGUCCUAAAUGUAUGGCGGCACAGUCCAUUGGGGCUUGAACCCAUGACGGGCAUGUUGUUAAGUCGUACGUGUUGACGACUGUACCACGAGAUCGGCUCCCCUCAUGUGACUACUGUACCAAUAUAAGCUGGACUAACCAUCCAAGGGUCCUCCAAAGCUGACGGGGCCCCUAUCGUCUGCCCAUUCCGCGCAACAUCAAACCCGUCACUAAGAUUUUGUUGUAACUUCCACCGCCACACCGUCAACCGCGCGCCACUGGGGAGAACACGGGCAUCCAGAGAUUGCUCGCCAUUUGUAGUAGGAUAGGCAUAAAUGUUAGGGAAUUAUAGGCAACAAAAGAACCUUGCAAAAAGGAAGCAAAAAAACAGACGGAAAAGUGUAUGAAGACACAGAUACUAACAACAUUCAGCAAUUGCGCACCGUUAUGGGUUUCAAGUGCAUACACACGUACAUAAACACACACACACACACACACACACAUACAGACAUAGAUACACUUUGUUAAUAAGCAGGUUGUUUCGCGAAGGAUCUCUAAGACAAAAGCGCAGAAAGCGUCCCAAUUACCAACCGUUGACCGAUGAGUUUUAGCUAAUUGUUUUCUAAUGUCUCGAUCGUUCGAUCGAGGUAAGAGAUCGACAGUAACAGGUUAAGUUAUGAAUAUAUGACAUAUUGGUAGAACCGUACCUUUGUGCUCGUUCGUUGUGCGUGAUUUGUCACAGCCUUUUCUGUUCUGUAGUUUGGAUGGUUUGGAUCCUUCCACCAUCGCGCGCGCAGCAAAGACCGCCUAGCCCUAGCGAAAGGCAAACUUUGUACAUAAUUGUCCGAUCUACUCGAUCGAGUGCUAGAUCAUGUUUCGUUUAGCUCUCCUCUCUUUGAAGUUUAAUUAUUUGUUUUAAUUAUUAGCUAAAUUGUAGCAAAAUUUGUACUGUACGAUAAGUUGAUUGUUGUGUUGGCAAUUGUCCAGUAUUUUGGAUAUGAAGAGAGACGCAGAUAAAAAAGAAUGCGGCUAGUAUUAAGUUUGUUAAGUUAUACUAGUCUACUAGCUAGCGGAAUAUAUUUGUGAAGGAGUAGAUUAAAAACAAACUAAAAGGCAUUCUGCAUGGAAUGAUUUAACUUAUUAUGUUUUUAAAAACAAUCAGCAGCAUGACUGUUUGAGUUUGUGUUUUUAUUAAAAAAAAAACCCUUCUCUUUUCCUCUGCCCUUCCACAUGAUAAUAUUUGUUUGAAAAUACGGUUGGAACCAAACGCUACUGGACCAAUCGUUAAGUCGACAACUGUUGGAAUAAAUGAUGAUGGAAAAACAAAACCAAGCUACUUACACAACAAGUGUAUUUUGUACAGCCACACCCGCUCACUGUCAUACGAGUUUUGCUACUCAAAGCAAAUGUACUAUACGGUUAUAGUCAUAGUGUCUAGAUCAUCUGCACCCUUCAUUAUACACUUUCCAUAACACAACAUAGCAAGCAGACAGUCACUAAACUACACGUACGAAAUCGUACGGAUGGGAGAGAUGUUUAGCAGCAGUAGGGCAAUAAUCGCAAACAAAAGAACCACAAUGGGAUGAGGAAGAAAGACGGUGUAAACAUUACCGAUAUAGCAACACCGGAGACCGGGUACAGGAAAUCUUACAGGAAGACACGCUACACGCUUACGUUUGUCCUUCCUUCGCAGUCACAGGUUUUUUUAUAAUCCCAUCUUGAUGCGAACUCGAUGUAGCGGUAGCUUUUCCUGCCACUCAUGCAUACACACUCACAAAUAAUAUAGUUUAGUAGUACAGUUGAGUGCGAGAGCGAGCUCGUUUUGUGUAGUACAUUGCAAAAAUCCACUACAGACGUAAUCGUACUUCCCUCCUCCCUUUUAGGCGAACCACAGUUCCUCAGAACUGAAAAAAUUGUUUUUAAAUUUCGCUGUAACUGUCUACCUGCACUCAUCGAUGGUGAAAGAAGAAAAAAAGCCAUUAACUCACAGUAACAAUAACAGCAACCAUAGUGAAACGAAACACUCACACUCACAGACAUGUAAAAAAAGGAACCACCGGUGGGAGAAAUUGUAAAGUUCGAUUCAUGAUUUAUAAAUAAAAAACACAAUGAAAACGAAAGAAUGGAUAAAACAAU